AUGUGCCGUCUGCCGUGGCGCAAUCGAACCGCCCGUUCGCUCUGCGCACUUUCAACUGAAACACAAACAUCUUCGUUACCUACAUGCACCUCUUUUGCGCCAUCUCUGAGCGAUAAUGUAUUCCCCAAUGGAUGGCGGCGGGGAGGAUGGAGGCGCAGGCGCGAGGGCGCUCGCUCGGGGGCCGAGAGGACGGAGCCAGUGCGCCGAGUCGGCGGCGGAGGGUCGGGCGCGCCGCCGCGAGCCAUGACCUCCCCCAAGCUGGGCGAGCGGUGCCCCAGCAGCACGGGCGGCGGCGCCAAGCUCACCGGCGACUCCAAGGAGGACUCCCUCGAGAACUCGAUCAGGGAGUCGGUAAAGUCGGAGCGAGGCGGGAAGGGCGAGGAGGACUGGCGGCGGCGCACCAUCAUCGUGGAGAAGAAGAACGGCUCCUACGGGUUCACGUUGCAGAGCUACGGGAUCCACUACAAGAAGGAGCAGGAGAUCGAGGUGAUCACGUACGUGGAGCGUGUGGAGGCGGGGGGCGCGGCGGCGGGGGCGGGGAUGCGCGAGGGUGACGUCAUCGUGUCCAUCAACGGCACGGAUGUGGAGCACGCAGAGCACGCGGCCAUCGUGGAGGCGAUCAACGCUUGCGACGCCAGAAUGCGCAUCGUGGUCAUCUUCGAGGACUGCGUGCGCAAGGUGGAGCUCCACCUUAAGUACAUCAACAUACAGAGGGCGCUCCAGUCCAAGCUGCGGGAGUUAGAGCAGCUCACGAUUAGGGAAAGGCAGGUGUUCGACGCCAAUUGGAAGACUCACAGCCUGCCCUCGCAGAAGAAGAAAUCCUCCCCGUCAGAGGUGAUUUCCGACAGCGAGGAGAACAACGCGGCGGACGCCAUCAACGGCGGCUACUGCAGGCCGACGCUCUCCAGCGAAAACGUAACGAACACGAAGCCACCAUCGAGUAGUGUUUUUUUGUACCAGUACCUUGACCCGCGGUACGGCACUUGCAUCAUCCAGCCCAACCCUCGCACGGGCAGUUUCGUGAUCACGGUGGGGUCGCCGCGCAACAGGCGCGAGUGCCAUCACUGCGUCAUCAAGAGCUCCGGCGGCGACUCGCACCGCGCCUCCGAACUGUACAAGAGCAGCAACGGCAACGGGAAACACGGCAAGGUGCAUAGAAACAACCACGGCCACGGCUGCGGGCCCUGCAUGCCCACUCACAGCAAUCAGGACGCCAACAGCCUCGAGGCGUACGACUUGGCGAGUCCGUGCUGCGACCCACAUUGCGUGCCCAACACUAGGAAGAAGGUGCGAAGGAAGAAGGAGUGCUCAAAGGAGCACAAGAGAAAAGAAAAAUGCCAACAAGUAGACAAGUCUACCCAAAAAACCGAGGGGUGCAGUCACACUCACUCGAAGAAGGUGUGCUCCUCGGGGGGCCAUGGCACGGCCCGAUACCGCUACCUCGCCACGGAGUCCACGCAGACAAGCCAAUGCAGCCUGCAGUCGUUCGCAACGAGCACCGCCACCGCCCCCUGCGACAACUCCGCCUCGAGCUACAGCACCUCGCUCAGCAGCGACACGCUUUUCUGGGACAACGACCGCUCGGAGGCCAAGUCUUCGCCCAAGAUUCAGUAUCAGAGCCCGCAUCAGCACGUGAAGCCCAAGUCGUGGGAUAACCUGACGACCAAGGCUUUCGGCGGAUACGGAUUCGGCUACGGCUACUUGGACACUGCCGCCAAGCACACGAACAGAUCGAAGAGCCACGGCCGCAGCUACAGCGGCCGCGGCACCCAGAGCCACCACGAGCACCACCACCACGCGCAGGAGAAGCACCAGCACCGGCAGAACUCUGCCCCCCACCAUUACACCGUGUACGGCAAGAGCCACAGCCAUUGCCAGCCGACCAAGUCAACGGAGAGCCUCAUCGUCGUGCCCAAGUAUCAGCUGGAAAGUAGCGGCUCCGAGAGUCGGCUGGCCUGCGAGUGCGUGGACUCCGUGGACUACUACCGCCGCGCGGGCCCCCCCAAGAGCCCCGCCGAUACGCGCUCAUCGGGCUACUACUCGCAGCGGUUCCUCUACCCCACCCACUCGUACAAGAAGAAGGACUCUAACUCAAAGUGUAGCGGAAUAGGGUGCUAUCACCGAAAUUGGGUGGGUGAACUUAUAUCUGGCGAGAGUUCAUCUUGGGUCCGCGGGUCAGGCGGCGGUUGGGCGGCGGCGAGGCGACGGCGCGCCAGAGCGAGCACAGACGGCAUGCGCGCACCACACUCACCACUGUCGCCUUGGCUCGGCGUCGCCGCAGCGAUACUCGCCGCCGCCGCCGCCGCCGCCCUGCACGGCCCACCGCAGACGUACGUCGUAUGCAAGAGGGCCAACUCCCACCUGUGCCUGGCAUGGCCCUCGACGGCCGCCCACCGCCCGCCGGAGCGGAGGGCGCACCUGUGCGGGCUAACCGCAGGCCCCCUCGUGCCGCAUCGCCGCCAAAUGGUGAAGCUAGUGGGGUUCGGCGGGGCCAAUGGAAUCGUAAGGCAGGUGUACUGCGGCGCUGUGGUGGUGGGCGGCGAGGAGUGGGAGUGGCGCCGCCAGCGUGGGGGCGGCGGGCGGCGUGGGCGGCGGCAGGCGCCACCACCACGAGGCCGCUACCGGGGCCAGACGCAGUCCCAGUACCUGGCUAUAGAGCGCGGGGCAGGCGACGAGGGCAAGGCGGAGGCGCUCUCCGCCGCAGACUCCUCGAGGGCCAGCGUCAGUGGCAACAGCGGUAUGGGGCAGGCUCAAAGUCAAUCGAUGUACGAUCCCUCUUGCGACGACUGCUACGGUAGAAACGAUGCUGAGAUCUUGACUUCAAAAAAAGGACCUUAUGGAACAAACGGUAAUGCUAACAGCGGAUACGUUCCUGGUCGAAUCGAUGGGCAGACCUGGGCCGAGCCAGGAAACAGAGGCGGCCCUGCAGGAAGCAAUCCAAAUAGUGGUUCUGUGUUAGGCACCUACAAGCCGUUACAGCCCGGUAUUCAGGACUAUCAGUACUAUGGUGUUCCCGGGAACAAUUUUGCUCCAAGUGGAACAGUAGGCAUCGGACCUGAACGAAAUGAAAAUUAUUCUCCGGGUCAAGGCGGGAUUUCACAAGUAUCAAUCCCAGGACACGGUGGCUCUAAAGAGCCCUUGCAUCCUGACCAAUCGUUGACAACAGGAAGUUUCAGACCUGGACAAGCACCUCCUGUGGCAGGAUAUGGGCCUGGACAGCAGUCAUAUGCUGGUUACGCACCAAAUCAACCUAUAUCCAGAUCAGACCAUGAUAAUUUACCUAAUAAAUAUGGUCCAACCCAAAAUAGUGCUUCAGAAAACUAUGCGCCGGGUCCGGUUGGGGGCUCAGGAGGUGAAGGUUAUGCACCUGGAAGUCUAAUAAAUCCACCAAGCAGAGAACCUGGAAAUUUAGGAAGUAUUGGUAUCAAUAGUGGACCACAACCAAAUCUAAUUGGUUCAACCGGAAGUUACAAUCAACCGAGACCUAUAGGAAAUGGAUACAACCGCGGCGAAGAUACACCCCCUGGUAAUUACAAGCUUGGAGAGAAGGGCGUGUUUAGUCCAAGCACGGGCGGUAGCCUUCCGAAUAGCAAUUCCAGGAAUAUGAUAUCUGGCGGUCUAGGCCCUGAUGUGGGUGGUGGUUUGUAUAGCCCUAGCCAGGCCCGUAAUCCCAGUGGAUUUGGCAGUAAUAUUAUUCCACAAGGCAAUGGAAAUGCAAAUCAAGGGGACGGUCAGAGAAGAUAUACAGAUACACCAGGUCAAAUAGGUGGUAAAAAUAUAUUAAGUCAACCUCAAGGCGGAAACUGGCCAUUGGCAAGUUACAGUCCUGGAAGUUCACCUUAUUUCUGCUGUGUUGUUGGUCCCGAUGGCAAUUUAAUACAAGCAGGAACAUCACCAUAUACUGGAGGUCAUGGAGUAAAUAACCAAUAUCCCAACGGCCAUAAUUUAUAUGGAUACGAAAGACCAAUGUUUAGUCCUGGAAGCAAUGGCCAAGGGUAUGUUCCCGGUCAAAACAAUAUAAUUGCAGGUCAACAAAAGCCUUAUGAUUCUGUGGGACCAAGUCCUGACACAAACACUUUAAGUAACAAUUAUGGCCCUAGAAACGGGGUACUUAAUGAAAAUGGCCACUACAGACCACCGGCUAAUUUAGGAUCUUUACCUGGCAGUGAACUGGGCUUUAGACCAGGGGGAGGUGGGCUGACGGGGAAUGGUAACUACUUAAAUCCAAAUGCUGGUUCCGGAGACGGAAGAGGCUAUCACCCUGGACAGAGUGGGUCUAGAAAUGAACAGAAUUACAAGCCGGGUGCAGGCAUAUCAACCGGUAUAGGUGUUACUCCUGGUACCGAUGGAGGUUAUGUAAGGGGCCAAAACGGCGCUCCUUUAAUGGGGAACUCAGGUAAUGUGGGCGGUUACAUACCCGGCCUAAUGGGAACCCCGGGCAGUGAAGGUGUUAUUGGACCUGGUCACGGCGCAGUACCAAAUAUAGGAGGAGCCUAUGGCCCAUUAGCUAACAUUGGAAAAAAUGUUGACGGGAGUUACAGUCCUGUUCAAAGUACCAUUCCAGGUUCUGUGGGCUAUAAUCCAGAGACUGGCGGGGGGAGCUUUACACCACAACAAAGCGGCAGCCCUGGUAGCAAUAUCCAGUAUGGAAUAAACCCACAAGGUGGCCCUGGAGGAAUUGGAAGUUAUCGUUUGGAGCAAAAUCCAUCAGGAAUCAAUGGAAAUUAUUUAUCAGGACCAGUUAAUGGGCCAGGCGAAGGCCUAAAUUAUGAACGGGGAAGCAUCUAUGGGCCAGGCACAGGAUACAUACCGGGUCAAGUUAAUGGGCGGGUAGAUAAUAAUUUCGGGUCAGGGCCACAAGGUAAACCGGGAACUCGAGAAAGUUACGGAACACUACCACAUUCAGGACCCGGAGGUAAUAGUUUUAGCACAAAUCCAAGCGGUGAACCUGGUAGUAUUCAAACUUACGGACCGGGCCAAAAUAUUGAGCCUGUGAGCACCAGCUUCAGACCAAAUCAGAAUGGUAAUCCUAACAAUGUUUAUGGGCUUGGAAAUGUAGCUCCUGGUCAAGAUGCAUCAGGUAACAUUGGUGGCUAUAACCCUAAUCAAGCCUCUGGACUAGGAGGAAAAGGAACUUAUAGGCCAGAUCAAAAUGGCAUGGGACAAACGGGAAGUUACAGACCAGGGCUCGCAGGACAGCCACCCAUUUAUGGAGCAGACAAUUCAAACAGAUAUGGUGGUGGGCCCGUGGAAAACGGAUAUGACCAGAGGUACGGAGGACAAAACAAAGAAUACAACGGCGUCCCACAAAAUUUCACGGAUCCGAACACAAUCGCUGGAGAAGAUGAUUCCGAGGCCGAAGCCAGCGUUUCCCAAGCUGCCAAUGGAACAAUAGCAAGUGCAUCGUCUAGAGGGGGGAAUGACAAGGGUCGAGCACAGACCAAUGUUCAUGGAACGUAUACUGGAAGCGGUUCUUUUUCAGCGCAAGCCCAAAUAACUGGAGAAAAUAAAGAAGCUGGAAGUGAAGUAUCUGGAGGGAAAAAAGGUGCGUCGAGUUCUGCACAGGGCAGCGGUCGAAAUAACAAGUCUCAAGCAAAUGUUCAACUUGGCUCAGAAACAGGAUCUGUGCAAACGCAAUCUUUGAGCAAUGGGGCUUAUCAUUCGUCUAAUUCUCAAGUACAAGGAAGUAUUAAGGGAGGAAUGGCAGAUGCACAAGCCCGUGGCCCAGGCAGCACUUCAUCUCAAGCCCAGAUAGGUUUUACGCCGUAUAAAGAUGGCGAUAAAAUGCACGACGUGCAGAAGAUACCAUUUGUCGGUGGUGGAGUGGCAUCGGCCCAGUCGAGCGGCCGCACGGGUCAAUCCCAGUCGCAACUUCAUGGUACUUUCAAGUAUGGAAUUACUUAUAAUGGAGCUGCCCAAGCUGGAGGCAGCGUUGAUAAAGAUGCGGUAUUCCCAAAUCGUCUUACUUUUGACAAAAUUGAUGUUUUCGACGAAAACGAAAAAAAUAUCAACGUUGAAACGGCAUCAACCAAAAAUCCCAGUACCAUGGAGCAAUCUCCAUCAGUUGAUACAGUGCCGCCUCUCGAGUCUGUGCCAUCGGAGGAGACGUUGCCUUCGAGCGAUAAAACUCCUGCUCUAUCGAUGGAUACAGAUGGCACAAGGGUAAAGAAUGAGGAGACUUUGAAAAAUUCUGAAAGCAGAUACUCUAGUCAUACUCACCUAGAUCACCACAUCACAGGCGGCCAACCGGCUCCACCGGCCGCAACAGUCGCCGGAGCCACCCGUUCGUUCCAAUCAAAUUACGACAGUAACGGACCCGAGUACGAGUAUACCACGGACAGGGAGGAAGUUCAACCGGACGAGUACGACGCAGAGGGCGCAGAGGUGGAACAAGGCGAGUACGCCAACUACGACGAGAUCCCACGCGACACACUCACCCACCAAUCAUUACAGAGUCCGAGGAAAACGCUGGAGGUGAAGCAGACCACCGGUGGGAAUACGCAGCACAUCGUCUUGGCCGGUCUCGACAACCACGACGCGGAAAUCACGCAACGGAACUCCGAGCGACCCGACGAGGGCAAGACGUAUCAGCCCGGGGAAAGAGUUCCGGGAACGGGCGGCUACACGAUCCCCGCCGGCUUCACCGGCAGCGUGCAGUCCGUGGCGUCGAAGGGAAACACGUACGCGGUGGGCUCGAAGGAGUCGCCCUCGCAGGCGCAGACGGUGGCGCUGACGCCGGGCGCGGGCAGGGUGAAGUACUCGCGGCCGGUGGGCGCCGGCAAGCUGCGCUCGCUGCGGCCCGAGGCGCGCGGCGGCCGCUACGUGUCCGUGUCCAAGUCGGUGGCGCGCGACCUGGACGCGGAGGACCACGUGCGCCAGCAGUACUCCCACUCCUACUACACCAAGUCCUCUUCGUGCGGCUUCUUCACUUUCACGUGCACCAUGGUGAGCGGCGCCGAGGGCAGGAAGAAGGUCUGCAGGCCCAAGAUACCCACCAACCCGGACGGCACGCCCAUACGUUGC